UCAGCUGAUUUAUGUUUACAUCCGUGCAUGUGCAUGCUUGUGCCGAGCCAGCCGAGCUUAUCACUUAUCAACAAUUUUCAAUCUAAUUUAGCAAUUAAGCCUCGCUUUAUGAGUCGCUGUCACCAGUAGUACAUUGUCGGCUCCUUCCAAUUACUUCCUAAUACCACAUCAAUUCAGUUUGUUUCAAAGAUCUGCCUUUUGAUUUAUUGAGUAUGUUCCAUUUUCGACGAGCGUCCUCCCACUUAAGCCAGCGGCUAAGCAGCUUCGACAGAACUUUUCUUAAAUCUCCAAUUACCAAUGUAAGUGACUUCAAAUAUCCAUCUAAUAGCUUCAGCACAGCACCCCAGUUGUUUCAGACUGCUCCUGAAAAGAAACGAGAGCCUCACAAAGAGGUACUUUCACCAGGCCAAGAAAUCGAAGGAUUUGUGGUAGAAGAAAAAACAGAUGUCUCCGAUUUUAAUUUAACAGCAAUAAAACUACGGCAUUUGAAGUCUAAUGCCCAGUAUCUGCAUCUGGACCGAGAUGAUUCAAAUAACGUAUUUUCUCUUAACUUUCGCACCACUCCAUUCGAUUCAUCAGGAGUGCCACAUAUUUUGGAACACAUCACACUUUGUGGCAGCGAACGGUUCCCAUGCCGUGAAGUAUUUUUUAAGAUGCUCUCUCGGUCAAUGGCAACAUUUUUAAAUGCUAUGACAGGGCCUGACUAUACUAUGUAUCCAUUUGCUACUCAAAAUGAAAAAGAUUUUGGAAACCUCUUGUCAGUGUACCUGGAUACAGUUCUCCGGCCAAGACUUAGUGAGCUAGAUUUCAGUCAAGAAGGGUGGCGUUUAGAACAUGAAGAUAUUAAUAACCCCAAUUCGCCAAUUGUAAUUAAGGGUGUUGUGUACAAUGAAAUGAAGGGAUGUCUGUCUGAGAACAACACUAUAUUUGAAGAGAGUCUCCUCAAUACCUUAUUGCCCAGUCAUACUUAUGGUGUCAAUUCUGGUGGGGAUCCUUUAGUUAUUCCAAGUCUGACGCUGGACAAGUUACGAAAGUUUCACUCUCAGUAUUAUCAUCCUACCAACUCCCGGUUCUACACGUAUGGUAAUUUUGAUGUAAGGAAUCAUUUACAAUACAUUAAUAGAGAAUACUUGGACAAGUUUACAAGCUUGCCACAAUCAUUUUUAGAUAAAACCAAAGUUCCAUCAGAACCUCGUUGGACCUCUCCCAAAGAGAAGCAAAUUUUUGGGCGAGAGGACCAAACUGUACCAGAGCCUCUCAAACAGUCCUCUUUGGUGGUCUCCUCUUUGUGCGCUGAUAUAACUGAUCUGAACGAAGUGUUCACCCUACAGAUUUUGUCUGAACUUCUAGUGAAAGGUCCAAACUCUGCUUUUUACAAAAGUCUUGUAGAAAGUAACCUUGGAUCAGGUUUCCAUUCUGCUACUGGGUUUCAAGCUCAAACCAAGGACACAAUAUUCGCUGUUGGAUUGCAAGGACUGAAUCCUGAUAGUUUUGAAAAAGUGUUACGCAUCUAUGAAGAAACUGUCGACAAGGUCAUCAGCAAUGGUUUUGACGAAACUCAUCUGAAAAGUAUUUUGCACUCGAUUGAACUGAACAUAAAGCAUCAGUCCGCAAACUUUGGGCUAAAUGUCUUGUUUGGGCUAACACCUGUUUGGAACCACGAUGGGAAUAUCUUUGGAGCUUUACGAGUCAAUGAUCGUGUUUCACACUUUUGUAAGGAGCUGGAAAAGAAUCCUAAGUUUCUUCAAGAUAAAGUCAAACAGUAUUUCAAGGAUAACCCGCAUCGACUCACGCUCACAAUGGUACCGGACAAAGAUUUUGAGAAAAAACUUAACGAGGCAGAGAAAGAGUUAAUAAAAAGUAAAGUCUCGGCCCUAUCAAAGGAAGAAUUGAAAAAAGUUUAUCAGCAUGGUCUUGAUUUGAGGCAUUAUCAGGAGCGAGAGGACGACUUUUCAUGUCUUCCAAGUUUGAAAGUCUCUGACAUUAAAAAGAAUAUUGAUAAGACUCAAAUAGCUACAGAGGAGCAUAAGGCGAUCCCCAUACAAAUUUCAAAUCAACCAACAAAUGGAAUACUUUACUUCCGUGGCUUGCUAGAUAUCAAAAAUUUAUCAGAAUCUCAGAAACUUCUACUCCCACUGUUUUGCAAUGUUGCAAGUCGAAUGGGGACCUCUACUCAUAACUACCAAGAAUUUGAUCAACUUCUACAAUUAAAAACUAGUGGGAUUUCUCUUGAUACGCACCUCAAAGAAUCAGUUACAGAUAUUGGGCGCUUCGAAGAAGCUGUUGCAUUUAGUAUGUAUUGUCUGGAUAAAAACACGCAUGAUAUGUUUGGUCUGCUAUCUGAACUUUUGAACACAGUAACGUUAAAGGACCUCACCCGGUUUUCAACCUUGGUGAAAAUGAUCGUCGGUGAUCUAGCACAUGGAAUUGUCAAUAGUGGUCAUGUCUAUGCUGCAUCCCUCGCAUCAAGCCAAAUGAACGCCACAGCUUUCCGCAAAGAGCAGCUGUUCGGAUUGAGUUAUAUCAAUCGAAUGAAAAAAAUUUGUGUCGGUGAUUUGACGCCAGUUUUGAAUGAAUUAAGUCAAUUGUCAGAUGUCCUAUUCAGCCGUCAUAAUUUAAAGUGCGCUUUGAACAUGACUCACGACAGUCAUAAAACUGCCGUCCAAACAACCCACAACUUCAUAGAUAAUCUGUCAAACAAAACUGUCCCAACAAGCCCCCCUUCUUGUAACACCCCUGGAUCGGAAGAAAGUGCACCGAACCCGGGAUUACACUAUGUUUUACCGGUGCCUGUGAAUUUUGCCUCAAAAUCCAUGCAAGGUGUUGCAUACAUGCACGAAGAUUUCCCAAAACUUAGAAUUUUGUGUAAUUACCUCUCUCUUAAGUACCUUCUCCCUGUUGUUCGUGAGAAGGGAGGUGCGUACGGAGCUGGUGUGAACGUCUCUCCUGCAGGAGUAAUCAGCUUUUAUUCUUACAGAGAUCCAAACUCUGUAGCAACGUUUGAUGCAUUUGACAAUUCAGUAGAAUGGCUCAUGAAUUCGAACUUAUCGGACGAGGAUAUAGAUGAAGCUAAACUGUCCGUUUUCCAAAGAAUUGAUGAACCGAUCCCGCCAAGCAAUCGGGGGAUGCGCCUGUUUUUGCAUGGUAUCACUGAUGAAAUGUUCCAACAACAUAGGUCGCAUUUGUUAAAAGUAACAAGAGAUGACGUUAUCUUCGUGGCAAAUAAGUACUUGAGUAAGCACGAGCCAACUGGAAAAGUUGCAAGAGCUUUAAUUGGACCAGAGAACAAUGAUUUAAAAAAUAGACGAAAUGAAUCUUGGAAAAAUAUGUCCUUGUAUUAAACGUUCGCCUUCUUAGAUCGUUAGAUGAUUCUGGCGGGUUUUAAGCAUUUCAAUUAUAAUGUCCUCAUGUUUUUCUACGUGAAAAAUCACGAGGCUCAACCGGAAUCAGCCCAAGUUCAUCAGAUGUUGCCUGAUUUGUCCUACAAAUUAUUUUUUUAACAAAAAACUGAGCAACCCCCCGACUCGAAAUUUUCUUGAGUUUACUCUUUACUUACGUACGUAAAGAACGUAAUCGUACGUAAUUUUCUUACCUCUACAUACGUAAAAGUUCCAAAGAGUUGUGUACGUACAGUGCUCUGUCAAAAAAUGAAACAAAAGCUAAAAGUGUGCAACGUGUGCCAGGGGUCCAGAAAGUUCUUCGACCCUCGCAGUUUCCAGCAACUAGGAAUUCAGCCUCCGCACUAUAUGACAUCGUGCGUUCCCGGUGACUUUCACCAAAAAGUAGCGCGUUCGCAGUAAUUUUCUAAAAAUCAAACGCGGUCGCAUUGAUUUUCUUAAAAUUCAACGUUUAUGUAGUAAUUAAUUUUCUCAAAAAUGCAAUAAUUUCGCACUUGAUUUGUAGCAUGUCAACAUCAUUGUCACAAAUUUCGUGAAAAUCAGUGCGUUGAGCGUUCAUUCUUUAGAAUAAAACCUAUUUUUUUUAUUUAUGCAAUCGAACGUUUGGUUCAUGUAACCGAACUUCAUAUUCAUGCGUUUUAAGCUCAUAAGUUCGGUAAUACGAACCGAACGUUUGGUUACCUACGCGAACUAAACGUUGGAUUUUCCGAACCAAAUAAUUAGGAUGAUAGAAAACACCAUGUUCUCCUUGAUUUUGUAGACAAGUAGUUGUUUGUAUCUUCUUUGAAGUCGAUAUAGUUGUAUCGCGCGGUUUGCCCCUUCCAACUUUUCUACCCCUGCGUUAAAGUCCCUGAACCAGUCGAAAAGAGAUUUUCCUUCAUUUUAUGGAUAUGCAAUUUUACCUAUUUUGAAAUCGCUGUAGUUCUUGAACGUUCUGCACCCCUGACGUGUGCACUGUGCAGCCAGGCUGAUUCUGAUCAAAUCCGUCUAUUUUUAGUGUUCCAUUUAAGUUUUUGUUUUUGUUUUCGUCUUUGCCAUUGGUUCUGAUCCUACGGAACAGAACACCUCUGACUCUUAAAUACAAUGUUCUUUAUAUCGUUUUAACCAAAUUAGGUUUUAAAAUGCUGUGAUACUUUCUUGCUGUCACACCCUGCUGGAGGUGUGAUCUUUUUCCCCUUUUUUGUAAUUAAGUAAGUGCCGUGAAAUAUCCCUGUGAAAAUACAAGUACCUAUUUGUAGUCAGUCAUCCUUUAAAAUAUUACAUUUCACUUGAAAACACAGGCUAGUAAUUUAGUAAUCAUCGACUGAUGAUUUCAGAGCCUGUGUGGAAAAUCAAUAUUUUGGCCUUUUCUAUCACUCUUAAAAUUACACUUUUUUAUAAUUAAUGUACAGAUUGUAAAUAAAUGAUUGUUCACCCUCUGAAA